CUUCAGCGAACAACACACUCAAUCAGGAUGAUUCGCUUCAUCUUGAUUCUGGUGGCCUCGAGCCAGAUCGUUCUCGCCCAAUACUACGGUUCUUUCUCGAACUCCCCGCAGUACCGUUCGACCGCCGGGAUCGCCUCCCAGAUCAAGAACCUGACCAGAACCUGGGUCGCCGGAAACAACACCCUUCCUCCAGCAGCCUACAAAACUGGUGUGAACUACGACAAAUUGGCCCAAACCCGUCUGGCACCGGCCAUUCUCGUCGAUCCGGAGGAUCUUGAGCUGCCGGGAACGUUCGACGCCAGACAGAAAUGGCCGCAGUGUAAGAGUUUGAACACUAUCCGUAACCAGGGCUGCUGUGGAUCUUGUUGGGCCAUCUCGGCUGCCUCGGCCAUGUCCGAUCGUUACUGCACCGUAUCCAAAGGCAAGGGAGAAUUCACGUUCGCAACGACCGAUAUGUUGGCUUGCUGUCACGCGUGUGGAGAUGGCUGCAAGGGAGGCCAACUGGGACCGGCCUGGCAAUACUGGGUCGAAAAGGGUGUAUCCUCGGGAGGACCAUUCAACUCCAAGCAGGGUUGCCAUCCGUACCCGAUCGAUAUUUGCGAUCCUUCCGGUGAGGAAGCUGACACUCCCAAGUGUUCCAAGAAGUGCCAGAAGGGCUACAACGUAACGAACGUUUGGGAAGAUCGCCGCUACGGACGGGUUGCUUACUCCAUCCCAGCCGACGAGCAGAAGAUCAUGGAGGAAAUCUACAUCAACGGACCGGUUCAGGCUGCGUUCGUUGUCUUCGAGGACUUCCACGCGUACAAGAGCGGUGUCUAUCGGCACGUAUGGGGACACGUGGUCGGAGGACAUGCCGUCAAGCUGAUCGGAUGGGGCGAGGAGAACAACGUCAAGUUCUGGCUGGCAGCCAACUCCUGGGGCGAGGAAUGGGGCCUUAAUGGAUUCUUCAAGAUCGCACGAGGCGAAAACCAGUGCGGCAUCGAGCAGAACGUCCACGCUGGCCUGCCGAGCUACCAGAAGCACCUGGAGUAUGAAGGGAUCUUUUUCUGAUUAAAGAUUUUUGAGAUGUAAGAAUCUGAAAAAG